UUUAUGGUUUCAGGGAAGGAGAAUCAACUCUGUGGAGACGGCUGGUUGGACUUCCAGUCUGACUGCUAUGAUAUUAAUAAUGCUUUGGCUCCUGAUCUGAAAACCUGGGAUGAAGCCCGAGAAAACUGCAGUGGAACCAACUCAGAUUUGCCUGUUAUAGUUAAUGAAGAGGAGAAGGAUUUUGUCACAGAGAAUAGUUGGUUCCAUCACGACAUUGAUGGAUACUGGAUCGGCCUGAGAGCUGUAGAUGGGAGAUGGAAGUGGGUCGAUGGAAGUGAUCUGAUUGAAAGCUUGUGGGCAGAAGCUCCAGUCACCGGCCACUGUGUGAUCUCUGACGACAGGACCGGGUGGAGGUCAGCGAGCUGUGACGACAGGAACCGAUGGAUCUGCAAAAAGAAGGCUCUGUCUGUUUAAACACUGCAGCCAGACGUGAAGGAUUCUAGAUACAGUCAGGAUGAAUUACAUGUAAGGUUAUAAAUAUCAAGCUAUGGUGAUGUCUGUUGCA